CGGAGCGAGUGCUGAGUCGGUGCCGCCGCCGGCUCCCCCCUCGCGCCCGGACGCUGGGAGCCGCUUCGGAGCCGCGGAGGCUUGUGGGGCAGCUACAAGAUGGAGGCCAACGGCAGCGGCAGCGGCAGUAGCAGCGACUCGGCUCCCGACUGCUGGGAUCAGGCGGACAUCGAGCCGGGCAGCGCCGGCCCUGGGUCCGCCCCGCCGCCCGCCGAGGCUGAGGCCGAGGCCGAGGCCCAGCAGCAGGAGCUGCUCCUCGGCGCGGCCUUCAGCCGGCAGCUGAACGUCAACGCCAAGCCCUUCGUGCCCAACGUCCACGCCGCCGAGUUCGUGCCGUCCUUCCUGCGCGGGGGGCCGGCGCCCGGCCUGCCGCCGCCCUCGCCCCCGCCCGGCCUGCCGCCGCCUCCGCCCGGCCUGCCGCCCCACGGUGCAUCUUCAGAGUCUUCUCAGGAGGAACAAACAGCGUCUUGUGAAGGUUCAAAUGCUGCUGUUAAUAUGGAUGUAUCGGAACCUGUUGUGGAAAAUGGAGAGACAGAAAUGUCCCCUGAAGAAUCAUGGGACCACAAAGAAGAAACAAGUGAAGUAGAACUUGUAAGUGGCCCAUCAGGAGAUGCAGGAGCUACUGAGGAGGGUGCCCAGGAAAUGAUGGAGGAAGAGGAGGAAAUGCCAACACCUAAAUCAGUGGUAGCACCACCAGGUGCUCCUAAAAAAGAACAUGUAAAUGUAGUAUUCAUUGGACAUGUAGAUGCCGGCAAAUCAACCAUUGGAGGACAAAUAAUGUACUUGACAGGAAUGGUUGACAAAAGAACACUUGAAAAAUAUGAGCGAGAAGCUAAAGAGAAAAACAGAGAAACAUGGUACCUGUCUUGGGCCUUAGACACAAACCAGGAAGAACGAGACAAAGGUAAAACAGUAGAAGUCGGUCGGGCCUAUUUUGAAACAGAGAAAAAACACUUCACAAUUUUAGAUGCCCCAGGACAUAAGAGCUUUGUUCCCAAUAUGAUUGGUGGAGCUUCUCAAGCUGAUCUGGCUGUGCUGGUUAUUUCUGCAAGAAAAGGCGAGUUUGAAACUGGAUUUGAAAAAGGUGGACAAACAAGAGAACAUGCCAUGUUAGCAAAGACAGCAGGUGUAAAACAUUUAAUAGUUCUUAUUAAUAAAAUGGAUGAUCCAACGGUAAACUGGAGUAAUGAAAGAUAUGAGGAAUGUAAAGAAAAACUGGUGCCAUUUUUAAAGAAAGUUGGCUUCAAUCCCAAAAAAGAUAUUCACUUCAUGCCCUGCUCAGGAUUGACUGGAGCAAAUCUUAAAGAACAAUCGGACUUCUGUCCUUGGUAUAUAGGAUUACCAUUUAUUCCGUAUCUGGAUAAUUUGCCAAACUUCAACCGCUCAGUUGAUGGACCAAUCAGGCUGCCAAUUGUCGAUAAAUACAAGGAUAUGGGCACUGUGGUCCUGGGAAAGCUGGAAUCAGGCUCAAUUUGCAAAGGACAGCAGCUUGUGAUGAUGCCAAACAAGCACAACGUGGAAGUUCUUGGAAUCCUUUCUGAUGAUGUAGAAACUGAUUCAGUAGCCCCAGGUGAAAAUCUGAAGAUCAGACUGAAAGGAAUUGAAGAAGAAGAGAUUCUUCCAGGAUUUAUACUCUGUGACCCUAAUAACCUGUGUCAUUCUGGACGCACAUUUGAUGCCCAGAUAGUGAUAAUUGAGCACAAAUCCAUCAUCUGCCCAGGUUAUAACGCGGUGCUGCACAUUCACACCUGUAUUGAAGAAGUCGAGAUAACAGCCUUAAUCUGUUUGGUAGACAAAAAAACAGGAGAAAAAAGUAAGACGCGACCCCGUUUUGUGAAACAAGAUCAAGUAUGCAUUGCUCGUUUAAGGACAGCAGGAACCAUCUGCCUUGAGACAUUCAAAGAUUUCCCUCAAAUGGGUCGCUUUACCUUAAGAGAUGAGGGUAAGACCAUUGCAAUUGGAAAAGUUCUGAAACUGGUUCCAGAGAAGGACUAAGCAUUUUUCUCGAUGACCCUGCACAAUACUGUGAGGAAAAUUGACUCUGCAAAAGCCUACUUCACACCGCCUUCUUAUUUUCUGCCCAUUGAUAAACUUUUCCCCAUAUUUUGCAAAGACAAAUUUCACAGCAAAGGUCCACAUUAUGUCAGCUUUCUCAUAUUGAGAGCUCUGCUAUGCCACUGUUGAAUUUUCCCAAAAAGGGGUUUUUUUCCUCCCAAAUUCUGCUUCCUUGGAAAGAUUCGGCAAUAGCUUUGUAAGUGAUGUGGACAUAAUUGCCUAUAAUUAUGAAAAUCUAAAGGAUUUUUAAUGUUUAAUUUCCCCCAACAUGUUAAGACACCUUUUUCCAGGCAGAUCAUUUGGAGUGUGCGAGUGUGUGUGCACAUGUUACAAAGACAUCUACCAUGUUAAUAAACUAUUCAAUUUGAAAUCCUUUUCGGUAUUUGAAUUGCUUUGGAAUAAUGUUUUUUAUCCAGAUGUGACACUGUUGCAUUAGCUUUUUAACUUUCCAAGUAACCUAAAUGUUUGAUUACUUGGACUUUUCUAAACUCCUCAGCCUCCCCACACACACAGUUUUAAAUGAGGCAAUUGGGCAGUUGACCAAGUUUGUAUUAAAGGAAUUAGUUUUACCCCUUCCUUUUGGUCUUUAAUACAUUCUUAAAAUUAAAUACCUUCAUGCAAAUGUGGCAUCUUCAUUAGCUUUAUAUCUCUUUAUAUCUACAGCAAAGUUAGGUUGACUUGACUCGUUUACUUAGACACAGUAAGUUGGUUUUGAAUGCUAGAACUACAUAUUGUGUCGUUAUAAAGUACAGCAUAAUUAAAAUUCUUAACCGCAGAAAAUGUUAACAACCAGUAAAUCGUUGGAACUUGCAAAAACAAGAGAAUUGUGGCAAUAGUGCCUGUUAGCAUUCGUAAGAGCUACACUUUGUGGGAGAACUGGGCCAGUAAAAAAGUGCUAGGAACUAUAAAUUACUCAAUUCACUAAGUUAGAAGGCUGGAUAAUCCUUGCUGUUUUAAAGAUCAGUCUGAGUUGAGAAGGGGAGAGAUUAUUUUAAUCCCUAAGAAUUUGCACAUACUGAAAUUUGAGAGGGGGCAGAAUCAAGCACAGUCUGUAAAUUUUUGCAUAUCAGAGCAAUUUAAGCUUGUGUGGGCUAGUGAAGAGUUUUCUUGAGAAAGUAAAAACAAAACUGGUUCAAAAUGAAUUUUCCUCAAUACAACUUGAAGGAGCUACAAAACAAAACCUUUUUAGUUAUAAUUUGAAAGUGAACUGGCUUACAAUUACCAUCCUGAUUUUAACCAUUAGAAUGAAAAUGAAUGGACUUUUUACUUCCCAAAGUAUUAAUAGAUUUCUCCAUUAUUAGAUUAAAAGUUUAUUCCAAGCUUCUUCAGAAUAAACUAAAUAUUUUGAAGUUGUACAGCUAAAUAUUGGUGAGCCCAUCCCUUCCUCAAAAAGUUUACAGGUGAAAAAAAGAGACUCUGCUGCAGUUCACAGAAUUCCAAAACUUAAACAGGUUUACCCUUUUUGUUUCUUUGUAACUGUGGAAAUUCCCAUUCAUUUCACUUAAGGCUACAUUGUACGGACAGAGCAAGUUGUUGUCCUUCAGUUUCAUAUGACUACACUUGUAGCUACCGUAAUGCAUGAAAUUUAAAUAAAUUUUAUUAUGUCUGCAAA